AGACGCGCACGACGUCUCCCUUCUAUUGUUAUUGUGGCGUGCGCGAGAGGAACGGACAGGAUGCACGAGGAGACAGUGGGGCUGAUAAAAGGAUAAAACAACGGAGAAACAUGAAGCUAGCGCGGCGCAACGUAUGACAAAUUCGCAUUAGCUCAUUCCAUUACAGGAAUUCCCAAAAACAUUAACGUCACCGUGUAAGCACAGAGCAACACAGGUCUAAUACAAAGGGUAUAAACACAGUUAGCAGCUGUGGUCAACACACACAGCACGUAACGUUAGAGCUAUCGGAGGACAACACUUCAGCACUCUUUCUAUCCAAGUUGUUCCCUCCACUCCGGCUGAUGUGGACUGAUUCAGAGCUGGGCCAUCAUGAUGCCAGUGAACUUUCUGGUCACUCAUUGGCAGACCAACUUAAUACGAGCAGCAUCAUGUCGGUGAAUCCUCCGAGCAGCAAUGAUGCCUGCCUCAGUAUCGUCCACAGCCUGAUGUGCCACCGGCAGGGCGGAGAGAACGAGGGCUUCGCCAAACGGGCCAUCGAGAGUCUGGUGAAGAAGCUGAAGGAGAAGAAGGAUGAGCUGGACUCACUCAUCACUGCCAUCACCACUAAUGGUGUCCACCCCAGCAAGUGUGUCACCAUCCAGAGGACGCUGGAUGGACGGCUGCAGGUGGCAGGGAGGAAAGGGUUUCCUCAUGUGAUUUAUGCACGGCUGUGGCGCUGGCCUGACCUCCACAAAAAUGAACUUAAGCAUGUCAAGUUCUGCCAAUACGCCUUUGACCUGAAGUAUGAUAAUGUGUGUGUCAACCCCUACCAUUAUGAGAGGGUGGUGUCGCCAGGCAUUGUUGGUCUCAGCCUUCAAAAUACAGCAGCACCAGGUGGGCUGAUCAAAGAGGAAUACAUCCAUGACUGUAUACAGAUGGACCUCCCACCUGGCAUGCCUCUGUCUGACCACCAAGUGGCCCUGAAGCUGCCUCCUCCAGAUCACUAUGGCCAGCCAUUACCUCCCUCACAGCUGUCUUCUGAGCCCCAUGGACCCCCACCCGUCACCAGAUACACUAACUUGCCUGUCUCACCCAAAGUGGCCGGUUCUGGCUCCAUGCUACCACUGCAGGGUGGUCACGGCGACACCCGUCUCCAAACUGCAUCUCCACACGCGCAAGUCAUGACUCCUGCACCACGACCUCCGACCCCAACCCAACCCUCUCCUCAGCAACAGGCUGCCCAGCAACCCUCGCAGACUCCCCACCCACAGCAAACCUCCCUACCUCCUUCUCACUCGCAUGGACAGAACGGAUACAGCAGCAAUAAACUCUCUCAGAGCCCGGCUGCCUUCCACACAGUUUGGACAGGCAGCAGCACAGCCUCCUACACUCCUGUAGGACCCCAACAGAACGGGCGUAUUCACCAACAACCUCCCCUGCAUCAUUCAAACCACCACUGGUCUCAGCAUCAUGGCUCAACCUCUUUCCCGCCUUCUGUGUCCAAUCAUCCAGGACCAGAAUUUUGGUGCUCUAUCUCCUACUUUGAAAUGGACGUUCAGGUGGGUGAGAUGUUCAAGGUGCCCUCCAGCUGCCCUGUAGUGACCGUGGAUGGUUAUGUUGACCCUUCGGGAGGCGACCGCUUCUGCCUUGGCCAGCUGAGUAAUGUCCACCGCACAGAUGCCAGUGAGAGAGCCAGGUUACACAUUGGUAAAGGCGUGCAAUUAGAGUGUCGUGGUGAGGGCGAUGUGUGGAUGCGCUGUAUGAGCGACCAUGCCGUGUUUGUACAGAGCUACUACCUCGACAGGGAGGCAGGCCGGGCACCAGGCGACGCUGUGCACAAGAUCUACCCUGGAGCCUACAUCAAGGUGUUCGACCUGCGGCAGUGCCACAGACAGAUGCAGCAGCAGGCAGCGACGGCCCAGGCUGCAGCUGCUGCACAGGCAGCUGCUGUGGCAGGAAAUAUUCCCGGGCCAGGCAGCGUAGGAGGCAUUGCACCUGCAGUUAGUCUGUCUGCAGCAGCGGGGAUUGGCGUAGAUGACCUGCGGCGACUGUGCAUUCUGCGGCUCAGCUUUGUGAAGGGCUGGGGCCCUGACUACCCCCGGCAGAGCAUCAAACACACACCCUGCUGGGUGGAGGUUCACCUGCACCGCGCUCUGCAGCUUCUGGAUGAGGUGCUGCACACUAUGCCUUUGGCAGACCCAGGGCCUGCCAACUGAGGACCAAAACCGCAUUCAAAUUCCAAUCUGCAUCCUGUGAAAGUGUGCACACAGACACGCAUGUUUGGAUAUUCUUGCUUCAGGCCAAAUGUGCUAUACCAUUUGAUACACAAGCAAAUCAAUCAAUACACACAGUAAACAUAAAUGACCAACAACACAGUAUGCUUGUAACAAUCAAUACACAGAUCACUUAUUCUGUCUCACAUACACACACAGUGUGACCGCAAGUGCUGAUGUCUUUGGGAUUGUUCUGUUGCUUUGCUCUCUACAAUCUACACUCAAACACUAGGGAGUUGGCUCUCUCAAGGUUAAGAUUUAGAGUUUGUGUUCUGACCAUCUUGUCUCUGUCCUAAAGACAUGUGUAUGCACAGUAGAAAUCCAGGGAUGUGUUUCUGAAAUCCAGUUCUCCUAUAUGCAGUUUGGAUUUCUUCUAAUUGUAGGAGCGUUCUGAACAUUCAUUAUGGACAUGUACAAAUUCUGCGUGAUUCAGCUGCAGAGGCAAGGUCUUCAGGAGUCCAAAACACUCUGACAGAUAGCUGCACACUCUGGAACAUGCUGUCAGUCAAUACAAACAGCGUUAGACUUCUCUUUACGUCUUAUCAACAACAGUAUGGAUUAAAGAAACCAGUGUUCUGUCA